AUGGAAUAUUCUUCGUAAUGAUUAUUUAACUAAAACAAAAAAAUUUUGCUGUUUUAUUUGGGAUGCAAUGGAUUGUCAAUCAAAAGUGGCAGCAAUUUGUUCAAAAGAAUAUUCAAAACAAAUUGAACAAAGUACUAAAGAACAAUUUGAAACAAUGUGUAAACAGAUUGGUUCAGCAUAUAAUAGUUGGUCAUGUAAAAUGGCUAUUGAAAUUAAAAUUCUUAUUAUUAUUGGUACAAUUUUUAUUAUUUUGACAAUGUUUUGUUUGAUUAUUAGAUUUGUUUAUGGUAAAAAUUAUAAUGUUGAAUCUCAUAGUGUUGAUAAAUGUUCGAAAAGAAUAAUAACAGAUAAAUCGAUAAAUAAUGAACUAUCAUUACCAACAACAACAACAAAAACAACAACUGAAAUGUCUUCUUAAUAAUUGAAAAUAUAAAUAUUUUUUUUUGUUGUUGAUAAUUUUAAUAAAAACUCAUCUUUGAAAAAAAAUUGAUUUAUAAUCGAUUUUAUUGUUGUGAAACAUCACCAAAAACCAGCAGGCAACAAUAAAUAAUGUUACAAAUACAAUUCUAUUAUGA